AGAGGAGCUGGGCCGCCCCUGCCGCGCCCACCAGCCCGCCCGGGAUGCGGCACUGAGGCCCAGCAUGGCCGGCCCGGGCCCCACCUUCCGGCUGCACCGGCUCGUCUGGGCGAACCGGCACCGCGAACUGGAGGCCGCGCUGCACAGCGGUCAGCACGACUUAGAACAGGAGGAUCCCCGGGGGCGCACUCCUCUGGAGCUGGCUGUAUCUCUGGGAAAUCUGGAAUCUGUCAGAGUCCUCCUUCGACAUAAUGCCAAUGUGGGCAGAGAGAGCCGCCAGGGCUGGGCAGUCCUGCAAGAGGCAGUCAGCACCGGAGACCCGGAGAUGGUACAGUUGGUGCUCCAGUAUCGGGACUUCCAGAGGGCUACACAGAGGCUGGCUGGCAUUCCCGAAUUGCUCAACAAACUCCGCCAGGCCCCUGAUUUCUACGUGGAGAUGAAGUGGGAGUUCACCAGCUGGGGACUCCCUGCAGUGCCACUUGUGUCCAAAAUGUGCCCAAGUGAUGUGUACCGCGUGUGGAAGCGGGGUGAGAGCCUGCGGGUGGACACGAGUCUCCUGGGUUUUGAGCACAUGACCUGGCAGCGUGGCCGGAGGAGCUUCAUCUUCAAGGGCCAGGAGGAAGGAGCCCUGGUGAUGGAAGUGGACCAUGACCGACAGGUGGUGCACACAGAGACCUUAGGGAUGGCUCUGCAUGAGCCUGAAACACUGCUGGCCGCCAUGCGGCCCAGCGAGGAGCAUGUCGCCAGUCGCCUCACCUCCCCUAUCGUCUCCACCCACCUGGAUACGCGCAAUGUGGCCUUUGAGAGGAACAAGUGUGGCAUCUGGGGAUGGCGGUCUGAGAAGAUGGAGACUGUUAGCGGCUACGAAGCCAAGGUGUACAGUGCCACCAACGUGGAGCUGGUGACACGCACACGCACAGAACACCUCUCUGAUCAGGACAAGUCGAGGACCAAAGGAGGGAAGACUCCAUUCCAGUCCUUCCUGGGGAUGGCCCAGCAGCAUUCCUCCUACAGUGGGGCUCCUGUGCAGCAAGCAGCCAGCCCCACCAACCCCACAGCCAUUUCCCCAGAAGAAUACUUCGACCCCAGCUUCAGCCUGGAGUCAAGAAACAUUGGCCGCCCCAUUGAGAUGUCCAGCAAAGUACAGAGGUUCAAGGCAACACUGUGGCUGAGCGAGGAGCACCCGCUUUCUCUGGGUGACCAGGUGACACCUAUCAUUGACCUGAUGGCCAUCAGCAAUGCUCACUUUGCUAAGCUGCGGGACUUCAUCACCCUGCGCCUCCCGCCAGGCUUCCCUGUCAAGAUUGAGAUUCCCCUCUUCCACGUGCUCAAUGCCCGCAUCACCUUCAGCAACCUGUGCGGCUGUGAUGAGCCUCUGAGCUCAGUGAGGGUGCUGGCCUCCAGCUCUGCAGCCUCCAGCUCUGCGGCCUCCAGUACUGCGGCAGCUGUUUCAGGGAGCCCUUUCCCAUGUGAGGUGGACCCCACUGUGUUUGAAGUACCCGAGGGGUACAGUGUGCUGGGUGCAGAGCGCAGCGAGCCCCUUCGGGAUGAAGAUGACGACCUGCUGCAGUUUGCCAUCCAGCAGAGCCUGCUGGAGGCGGGCACAGAGGCAGAGCAGGUGACUGUGUGGGAAGCCCUGACCAACACGAGGCCUGGCACUCACCCUCCUCAAGCCACAGUAUAUGAGGAGCAGCUUCAGCUGGAGCGAGCUCUCCAGGAAAGCCUGCAGCUGUCCACAGAGUCCAGGGGCCCAGGAUCCCCUCAGAACAUGCCCCCGUCCCAUGCCCCCCCAAGCUUUGAGGAGCAGCUUCGCCUGGCUCUGGAAUUGUCUUCGAGGGAGCAGGAGGAGCGGGAGCGGCGGGGUCAGCAGGAGGAAGAGGACUUGCAGCGCAUUCUGCAGCUGUCACUCACGGAGCACUGAGUCUGGGGCCACUCCCUCCACUGGCUUUUGUAAUUUAUUUAUUUAUAAACUGUCUGCUGCUGAGCCUGGAGUCCUGGGGGUGGGCUGGAACCGAGAUGGAAAUAAAGAG